AUGAGGCAGAGCAGAACAGUGCCCUCCUUCUCGCUAAGCAAGCCAGUCCGGGAGCUGGCCGAUUCUGGCUUGGCCCCCAUGAGUCCCUUUGGCAAUGGUGUCAUCCGGAUAUGCUUCUCAGGGACCCCAUUGCUGCCACCAGUGUCAAGCCGCCUCAGGACCAUUGCAGAUGUGGAGUCCAGAGCCUGUGUGGUGUUCAACAUCGAGGCCGGAGGGAACGAAGUCACGGCCUGGCCCCAGCUCCAUGGACUGUGCCCUGCCAGGCUCCUCUGUACAUGGGACUUUCCAGGUAAAAACACUGGAGUGCAGCAUCGAAACACGUAUAUUAUCUAG